AGGAACACGCAUGGAUUACAUCUCGGGUGUACCCGGCAUCACCCCCGUCGUCCAAAAUAGAACCAUGCAAUUUGCGUUUUCAGUCUGGUACAGGACAUAACAUAGCCUACUGGGCUAUUAAAUAAGAUAUGCCUGAUACUGUAGCUACUUUCUUUGGUAAGGACUAAAGGUUAUUAUUGCGAACUAGCUGUGUGACAUCUGUCGUAGCGUCAGGCCAUCCACCAUCUGUGGAAGUGGGACAAGGGAACAGAUGGCGCAUCCGAGCCGCCCUGCAGGGCUGCCGACGCUGACUGUUAGGACAACACUGGAGAUGAGUAUCAGUCAAUAAAAUAAAAGGCUGUUGUUAGCUUUUGCACGCAAGGCCAAUAUUUUGCAGGCAUGGCAAUGCCAGAGUGACUUGUUUACGGGUGUUUGACAGGAAGCAUUGCAGAUUGACCAGAUUGAUGCGCGACAACUCGAUCGCUGGCAUCAAUUUAAUCCCUGUUUGACGUGUCUCCAGCUCGGUGAACAAUGGUUGACAACCGCUACGCUACAGCUCUGGUCAUCGCCUGUGUGCUGAGCAUACUGGCCACCGUGUAUCUUUCGGUGGCCAUCGGGACGCAGCACUGGUACCAGUACAGCAGCCCCACCGUGCGCGGAGAGGCCAACGUGUCCGAUGUGCGCUCCAUGUAUGAGGAGUUCAUGGACGGGGAGUUUGAUGAGAAAACCUACAGCGACACCCUGUUCCGCCUCAACGGGACUGUGGGCCUCUGGUGGAGGUGUGUGCUCGUUCCUGCCAACGCACACUGGUACAAAGAGCCAGAUGUCAAGGUUAUGCUAGAGUGUCGAAGCUUCACUCUACUUCAGCAGUUCACUCCAAAGUAUAAAGAACCAGGCAACCACAACAGUGGAGAAGACAUGCUGCGCACAUACUUGUGGAGGUGCCAGUUUCUGCUGCCACUGGUGUCCUUGGGUCUGGUGGUGUUGGCAGCCCUGACUGGGUUUUGUGCCUGCCUCUGCCGAAGUCUCACACCCACCCUUGGCAUAGGAGUACUUCACCUGCUGGCUGGCCUCUUCACCUUAGCCACAGUGUGCUGCUACCUGGCGGGAAUGGACCUGCUCCACAGGGUGUCGAUGCUGCCUGAUAAGGUGGAUGGCUCUCUGGGCUGGUCCCUCUACUUGGCCCUCAUUUCCUCCCCACUCCACAUGAUGGCCGCUGCCCUGCUGGUGUGGGCAGCACGCAGCCACAGUCAGAACUACUACCGUAUGACCGCCUACCGGGUGGCAUAGACUGAGAUUCAGCUCUGAAUCUUGGCCCUGUUUAAAUUUAUAUCCCACUCUGUCAUCUAGAUGCAUUUUAUAAUGUUCUCAGAGGAAUGUGAUGUGGAUUAAUCUGUGCGCUAUUCCCUCUGAUGGAUUAAAGUGCAUGUAGUAUAUAGUAAUGAUGACCCUGUCUGUCGCGAUAAAGGAUUAGAUUUUUAUCUUUAUCUACUGGUUACGGGAAUUGGUUUUCAAAAGGUCAACCAGAAAGAUGUGUAUAGUAGAACAUAUUACACAUUCUGAAUAAGAAGUGGGCUCACAUUGAAAAAGUGAAAAGAAACAAAGUCAUUGCUGGCAUUUAGGAAUGCAGAAACAUCAUUAAAAAAUAAAGUGGAAGGAAGAACAGCUGUCAACAUGAUCAGACAAGAUUUAAACAAAUCCUUAGAUUAGCCAAAUUUAUUUGAAAGAAUAAAAAAAAAAUUAAGGCAACCAAUUAAAUUAUUACAGAAACAGGUUGAACUUUGACCUAUUUUUUAUUAUAUUUUACUGUAGAUGUGCAUGAACUGUUUCCUAAACAAUGAGGAAUAUUUACUGACAUUUCUCGUUCUCUUAUCUGCAGCUAGUUUCAUGCCCUGUCCAAUCUGAUUAUAGGAAUGUUGCUGUGUUCCCAUUGUACCUAAUACAGAAAUAUAAUAGCAGAAGCAUAAUAAGAUCCUUUUAGAAACACAACGUUGUCUAUUUAAAGGCAUUUGUGUUUGGGAGUUUCAUCAAUCUAAUACAGAUUACCCAAAUUGUAAUAGGAAUUGUCAUUAAAGUAUGCAAUUUUUAAUAAGCAUGCUAAAUUUGCUGGAUUCCUAAGACUGUUGUUGGCUAUGUCCUAUGAUGUAAUGUACAAAUCAAACAAAGAAGAUACACACAACUGGAUAAAAUCUAUCACAAUUGUGGACACCUGGGAAUUUUUCACAAACAAAAAGUAUGAAAUAUUUUAAAACAACUCAUUAACGGCAGGUGUGUUAUAAAGUCGCAAAUUAAUUUGAGGUUUACAGGUUAUUACAUAUACAGUAUUCACAUAAAAUAUACUUUAUUAAGUUUUGUGGAAUGGCAUUGGUACAUACCUUUUGUUUUACUGACCUAUUUUAUGCACCACUGAUCACACCCAAAAUCACAGUUUCGUUAAAUGACACAUUUAUUGGAACACAGCUGACGUAGGUGUACUGGCACUGAAGCGAGCCAAAAGUCACGUAGGAAUUCAUUUUAUAUUUAUUUAGACAGGUUUGCUGUUGUGCAAUCAGUCUUUUACUUUAGCUGCUUCAAAACACAGACUUGGACAGUGGGCAUCAAUGAUUCAGAGUGACGAUGAAUAUUUCUGUUCUUGCAAAAAAAGAUUGACAUCCCUUUUUUAACUUAAGUGACAUGUAUUUAUUCCUGGCCAUUAUUAGGGUCAGAUUGUGUUUGUUUUACAUUUCUUCACCCAAUUCAUUGCUUUCUUUGCUAUUUUCAAGCAUUACUAACGUUUUGACUGAUCUUUUAGGCUUUUGUAGAAAAUAUCAAAAAGUUAUGUUUUAAACAUUGUCGUGGUUUUUAACAAUUUCUUGUUUAGUUUAGUUGCCCUUACAUGCUUACAGACAUUGGCAUCAUUUUGUAAAUAUAGUUGUGUUUGUUAUUAUUUAUUUGAUUAAUAUUUGUUCAUUUAUUUUUUAUUCACUUGUUACAACCAUUUCAGUUCAACAGGAAUGAAUGGAAACAGCGUUUCCCUGUUAGGCAUUAUGAAUGUAAAUUAAAGGCCAUAUUUUGGUAAGCUACAGUGAUCCUUUGCACUUAAAUUAUUUUGAACGUAUCCUGAAUAUUGCUGUAGUGGUCCAUAGUAAAUUUCUAUUUUUUAAAGAUGUGUCCCAAAACAAAAUAAAUUUAGAAAAAAAAGUCUUACUUUACUAUGCCGUAUAUUUGCAGAUAUGUCACCAGUCUCACAGUUUCAUAAAACUAAAGAAUGUCUGUGAAAUGAUGCACUGUAUGUGGUCUGAUGAGUCUUAUGAGAAAUUAGAUUGUAUUUUGCAUAUUCAGACUUUUACGUCAAGAAAUCAUUCCAUCCCCCAAUCUACUGGAGCGUAAAUAUAACAGCAAGUGUCCAUGUAUGACUGCUUUUGUGAAUCUACAGUGACGGUCACUCUCCAGUUGUGAGCUGAAACAGUUAAUAAAUGUACACCUAAAUAUUGUGUGUGAAUGUAAGCGGGCGUACACGUGUGUGUUCCAAGCAACUGCUCUUGUUUCAAUAAAAGCUUUUCGUAAAAUUUA